CUUCAUCGAGAUCCACCACCAUGCCUGGGUUCGUGUACACCGCUGUGCUGGCGGUCGUCCUCCCGCUCGUCCUCGCCCAGGUGCCUCCGACCCCGAGCAGCUGGCCACAUGACUACCCAGGCAAGCCGUCCGGAGACUUCAGUCCCGAAUGGCAGAGCUAUUUUGAGGUCAAGGAUACUCUUCCUAAUGUCACCUUCCCUCUGGCCCACAGCUUCGCGGGGAAUGUCGCGGUCAACCGACCAGGCCACCCUAACAACACGCUGUUCUUCUGGGCCCUCGAGAAAGAGAACGGCUCCCUGACUGUCGGCGCUGACGACCGCAGCGACGUUCCGUGGGGCAUAUGGCUGAACGGAGGACCGGGAUCUUCGAGUCUCCUUGGUUUCCUAUACGAGAAUGGACCUUUGCGCAUGCAACCAGACGGUUCGAUUCAAGAGAAUAAGUUCAGCUGGGAUGGGCUCGCAGACUACGUCUGGAUCGACCAGCCCGUUGGUACCGGCUGGUCUACGACCGACUCCGACGGAUACGUGCAUGACGAGGAUGAAAUGGGACGCGACUUCAUGGGCUUUUUGGAAAAUCUCGUCAAGGUGUUCCCCAGUCUCAAGAAACGACCGCUCUACUUGACGGGCGAAAGUUAUUCCGGAACUUACAUCCCGUACAUCAUGAAGACCUACUUCGGUCUUACCGAUCCGCCCGUCAAUAUCGCUAAGUUCGCGAUCGGCGACGGUACGAUAGGCUCGGAGGCUGUGUUCGAGAUCCUCCCAACUGUAAACACUUUGGAAACGUACCCGCAACUCAUCGGGUACGACCCGGAGGUCUUCGAGUGGUUCCGGGAACAGGAGCACCUUUGCGGCUACGACCUGAACCUCACGUACCCCCAAGACGGACACUUCCCUACACUGCAGCUCAUCGAGCCGUCCAACCCCACGCGCACCAUCGAAUACGCGAGAGCUAACAGCAAGCCGUUCAUGAAGGCGCUCACACGGCUCGCGCUUGGGAAGUCAGCGCACAGCGUGCGCGCAAUCGAGGAACGCGCCAGGCUGCCCCGCGCGGAGACUAUCGCGGAGCUCGUCGCUCCGCUGCAGCGCCGCGCGGAGGAGCAUACGGGCAACCAGAAGCGCGAUCUCAGCUUGCGCGCGAACGGCACGAUCGACCCGUGGUAUGGGUGCUUCCUGUUCGAUGAGAUGGUGGAGUACACGAUCAACUACACUGCUCCUUGGAGCUCCCAUGCGGACAUUAAUACCUGGCAAGGCUUUGACGUGUACCAGGUAACAGACGCACUGUCACCCGAGUCUCCCAUUGACGGUUCUGGCUUCCUAAAUGACCCGAGGACACGUGCAGCGCUGCAUGCCCCUACGAGCAAGAACUGGGCCGGCGGCAUCAUCUACCCCUUCCUCGGAGACCCCGUGAAUGGGAUUGAUCCUAGCGUUGAGCCUAUGGCUUUCCUGACGGACCUUGCAACAAACGCAUCGGCACACGGCAUUCCCGUAGUGUUGUACUCGGGCAACGAAGAUUCGCUCGUCGCCCACCGCGGUACAGAAGUGGUUAUCCAGAAUACGACCUUCGGUGGUAUACAAGGUUUCACGCGGAAGCCGUCCACGCCGUGGUUCGACGACGACGGCAAGCAAGCUGGAAUCGUUCACCAGGAGCGAAACUGGACCUACAUUCUCGUUGAAGACGUCGGCCACCUCGUCGCGUACAACUCCCCCACUCGGGGCUUCACCCUCCUCCGCGAGUUUAUCCUCGGCAACAACCAAACCGGGCUCGUCACGUCCGGCGCCAACGGCGCGAUACGCGUGGACGGCGGCGAGCUCCUCUCGCUUGCGGUCGACGCCCUGCGCGCCACGGACGCGGUGUUCGUCGGCUCGGUCACGACGCAGUCAACGUUCCUGUACCCCGCAGCGACGGUCGACGCGUGGAACAACUACAUCGCCACCGCGACUGCGACCGUCCUCGCGAUCGUCCCGUCGAGCGUCGCGGCCGCGGCCGAGCAGAACGGGGCUGGGCCCCUGCGCGCGGCUGGGGCAUGGUGUGCAGCCUUGGGGGCGUCGUUUGUUGUAUCUUUAUUGAUGUUCGCAUGAGCGCGGGUUGGCUUGUUAGAUGUUUUCUGUUGCUUUAUAGGGCCGUUUGGUUGCUUGUACAUUAACGAGAAGUACGCCUCAUCGCGUCAACCUAUAGUACAUUGCUCGCACGUUGCGCGGGUCGC